AUGUGUCUGAGUGUGUGCUUUGGUGCUUUCUGGGAAUUUUCUUGCCAGAGAACCUGAGCUGGACAAAGCAACCUUGAUCUGAGUGAACUAACUGGCACCAUGAAACUAUCAGGUGUCUUUCUGCUCCUCUCUCUGGCUCUUUUCUGCUUUUUUUCAGGUGUCUUCACUCAAGGAGAACAGAUUGACUGUGGUGAGUUCCGAGACCCCAAGGUCUACUGCACUCGGGAAUCUAACCCCCACUGUGGCUCUGACGGGCAGACAUAUGGCAAUAAAUGUGCCUUCUGUAAGGCGGCAGUGAAAAGUGGAGGAAAGAUUAACCUAAAGCAUCCUGGAAAAUGCUGAACGAGAGCCAAUGUUUUGUGCUGGCUCACCAGUGUUCUCAUCCUUUCUUUUUUCUGCUUAUGCUUUU